AUGUGUAAGGCAAGAUGCGGCAUCUCGCUGCCGGCAUUGUCGUGCCUCAUCAUAUUCCUGACCACCUUUAGCCUGCUGAUUCACGUCGAUGCGCAAACUCAGUCCCCAACCGAGGCAGAGUUAGGUCUUCCUCCAUGGCUUCGCGGGCUCGUCUCGCCAUCCAAAGCCGCACCCUUUGUGUCCCCACUUUCCGAAACGCCUGACGACUCCUUAGCUGCACUGACAAUGGCAUUCCCGGCAUGGUUGGCUCUGGAGGAGGAUACCGUGACCGGGACUGCCGCGGCAGCGGCGGGGAACAGCGGCGGCGGAGGCGGCGCAGCAGCCGCUGCCAGUCCUACAGAAGAUGAAGAAGAAGGCAGCCGCCAGUCCACCGCCGCUGGUACUGCCGCCGACGCCGCUGCUGGAGUGACUCAAUUACGUCAGUGGCUCGACACAGAGCUGGAUAAGCUGGAGGCCUUUUUACAGGAUUGGGGAACAAAUGCCAGGCACACGGCAGCGGCAGGCGGCGGCAGCGGCAGAGGUAGAGCUGACGGAGGCGUUACCAGUAGUGCUUGGCGGCCCGAACAAGGUGGUGAUAGGGGGCCGCAGGCCGGCGAUUUGGCGGCAGCUCUGGGCCAUCCUCUGGCGGACGGUCUGGCAGAAUGGCUGCAACACGCCGCCAACCACCCGCUGACGCUGCGACGUGAUGGCGAUGGCGAUGGGGAAAGGAGCAGCAGCAAUCAUGUAGGGCAUCAAGCAUCGCCGGCCGCGGCAGCGGCGGCGUCUCCGCCGCCACUGGCCGGCGCCAGCGACCCCGGCGGAUGGCUGUCAGAUGCAGAACCUGGCGCUGAGCUGGGUUCCUCCGCUGCUGCCUCCCCGGCUGUCACUUUCGAAGCUGGUGUGGACCAGGGGGCUCAGUUCCGGGAAGCUCCCCCAGGCGACGGCGGUAACGGUGGUGGCAGUGAAGCUGGUGGUGGCGCGGAUAGGGAGGAUGGGCGGGUAGCAGGUCGUCGACGGCUUCAGCAGAACGGUAAUGGAGGUGGAGGCGGGAAUGGCGGUGGCAAUGGCGACGGCGGUGGGAAUAACGGAGAAGGCAGAGGUGGAGGCGGAGGCGGAGGUGGCCGUGGACGGGGAGGCGCCUCUGCCACGUUGAUGGGCUCCAACGGCAUCCAGGGCUUCAACAGGGGGAAUGUACGACCCGUGCGGGAUGCCCUGGCCGGAGCGCUGUUGAACAACCCCAGGCCGAGAACUCGGGCCACGGAGCGGCUGCUGCAGCUGUUCCACAUCGUGCAGCGAGAUAUUCAGGAGGGCAACGUGCCUUUCACCGGGGGCAGAGUGCAGCGACGGUGUGAGAGCCAGCCCUACGUCUUCAAGCCCCGUGUCCCCAACGCUCUCCCGCAGCAGUACGUGGGCCCCUCCUUCUACAUCACCCGCACCACGGGCAACUGCGUGCUGCGACCCGACAUCAGCGCACUGGGUAUCAAUACAUGGACGGUGCUGUACGAGAGGCUUGCGUGCCUGAGCCCCUCCCGGCAAUAUCUUCUGCUCCCCGCAGUUUACAGUGGACCCGGGGACCAGCCGGAAAGCUUUCAGUGCCCCCAGUGUGUCCCCGUCCUGCGCCUGGGUCGCCAAGUGGAUAUCAGCUUCUCGCCCGGAGGUCAAGGAACCCUUAGGUCCAAUACGAGCUUUAUGAGGCUGAGUGGAGGAGCCGCCAGCAGGGCCAGGAAGUGGAUGGUUAGGAACAUGAAGACCUACCUCAAGGGCGUCCGCCAGGAAGUCCGGCAAUCCGGGGCUAUGGCACAGUUGGUACAGCAGGCGGAUGUCGGGGCUUUCGCCAAGGCAGCGGCGCAGCUGCUUGCCGCCUCGGCAGAUGCCGAUGGCAGCGGCGGCCACGGCAGUGACAGCGGCGGCAGUUUUCGCCAUUCCGAUCUGACGGACAAGAUGGUGACGGACAUGCUACAGGGUGGGGUACGUAGUCAUCGGCCGAGUGGUGGUGCACAGGGAGGCCUGGAGUUCAUGGCGGCGGCGGCGACGCCGCUGGCGGCGCAGAGGCUGCCAUCAAAUGUGGAUGGGGCAGCGGCGGAGGCCGUACGGCGCCAUGCCGAAGUUCAGUUGCGAUUGCAGGUGGGCGGCCCUUAUCCCUUCCCGGCAGUCCCUGGCGUAGUCGCCGUGCCACGGCCACGCCCGCGCCACGUCAUGCAGUACACGGCAUCCGCGGGAGGCCUCACGUUGCCAUAUGUGUGGAUUUGCGGGCUGCAUGUGCUGCUGUGGUGGCAGAACUCCCUGGGUUCCCCGGGCGCGCUGGUUCUGGAGCUGGGCGGCGGCGUGGGGCUGGUCGGCGUUGCCGCGGCCGCGGUCUGUCGCCAUGCCGUCAUCACUGACGUACAUCAGGGUGCGCUGACGCUGGCGGCGGCGAACGUGAACGACAAUGCGGAGCUCAUUCGGGAGCUACGGCGGCGGCGGCGGCAGCAGCAGAAUGGCCGCCGCCGCCGGCGAUGGCGGCGUAGACCCCACGGCGAUGAGGACAGCAUCGUAGAUGGCAGCUCUGUGGACAAUGUUGAUAAGGCCGAUGAUGGGCGAGAGAACGAAAAGGGGAGGGGACGACAAGGCAGCGGCGGUGGCGGCGGCGGCGGUGGAAGCGGCGCCGAGGGCCCUGUGUUGGUAGACCUGUGCCAAAUGGAUUGGUUUGAUUUUCUUGCGUACGGUAGCGGCGGUGUUUCCGUCGAGGCAAUUGUGCGGGCGCUGCGGGCGGACGCAGCGGACUCUCCAACAAUGGAAACGACGGCGGCGGCAACGGCGGUGGCGGCGGCGGCAGCGGCCAAUGAGGAUCACCAGAAGAACGGAGUUGGUUGGGAAUCGGCAUUGGGGGCGGCCGGGGUCCUGGGGGAUGAGCUGGGGGUUCGGGUGGCGUGCGGUGGCGGUGUGUCGAAGGUGCUAGACGCGGUGGCGACAGCGGAGUCGCUCUGCGUAGUCGCCGCCGAUACAUUGUACGAUACCGUGCUGACGGAAGCAUUCGUGAAGUGCGCCGCGGCGCUGAUGUCGUACCACAGGUCUGUACGCUUACGGCCCCCCGUUGGGUUGUCGCAAGGGCCGGAUCAGCGCUUCAGCAACAGCGCAUCAAGACGGCGGAAGGUUGAUGGUUCAGCCGACGGCUGCGGCAACAUUGGCGGAAUCGGCGACGCCGGUGGCGGCAUCACGGAGCGAAACCCCCGGUUGAUUGUCAGUUUGGAAAAGCGCAUAAACUUUGUCGUAAAGGACCUGGCAGCAGCGGCGCCGGCGUUCGAUGACUUCAUGUCGUACGUGGUUUCGGAUCCGAUAGAAAUAGAAUCUGUGGCGGGCAAUCCUCCAACCGGAGAUGAUGCGCACGCCGGGCACGAUGAAACCGACGGCGGCACGGGCGGCGGCGGCACUGGUGCUGGCAGCGGCGCCGGCGGCUGCCGUGUUGGUACGGAGGAUGGUGACAACCGGCGUUAUGAUGCUGGCGGCAGCGGUGUCACUGACGGCGGCGGCGGCGGUGACGCAUGUGCUCGUAGAGUCAUGAACGCAGUCGAAGGAUCCUUGGGCUUCAUGUCGGCGGAGAGGCCAUCACAGCAUGGAGAGGUGCGGGUGCCGCUGUUCCGAGGCCGACGUCUGGACGUGUCGUCUGUGCCGCAGGUGCUGCAGUACGAUCGAUGCGAACAGCUGGAGCUGUGGGAGCUGACGCUGCUGUGAAGAGUUGGAGGGAGUCGAGGGGAUAAAGGGGAGAGUGACUGAAGCAAAAAUCCACCAUGAGGUGUCGUUCGAAGCAACGCUCAGUCAUUAAGUUGACCAAUGCG